CCAUCGCUAGAAUUAAUUUUUUUCGCAAGCAACGGGCUGGCAAAUUUGUUAAAAUUAAGUAAAAAGUGUAUAACCAUUAAACGAGCAGUGUCAAAAACAAUACCAAAUGCCAAUACGCAACGAAAUGUGAUGUUUGCUGAGCUCAGCAGACGCUCAGCGACCGAGAAACCAGUGCGAAACUCCUGACCCCAGAGCGCGUCACCGAGAAAAAAGUUCAUCAAAGCAGAGAGGGCGCAGAGCCAGCAGAAGCAGAAGCAGGCGCAGCGCUGCUGAAGACGUUGGAAUUUGUGGUGUUGUUGCUGUGGAAGCCGAUGCUCAGUCGACGCCGACGCCGACGUGCAGCAAUAACGGUAGAGACCCAACAACAAAUGACAAAGUGAAACUGACUGCGCUGUACCAACAACAACGCGUGAACGAAGAGAAGAGCAAAACUGUGAUCUCUCGGCUAGUUGAGGGGGGCAAUUGUUCAAUUGGCUGUGCUUGAAAAAUAAAUUUAGUCUACUUAAAACGCGUAUUUGCGGGCAUUGCGAAUCGUUUGUUUGGCCAGCGACUGGAAAAUCAAUUCUUCAAAUUGCCUUUGGGGGCCAUCAAGCAGCAGUUGUUUGUUUGCUAGGCCCAACCCAAAAACAAUAUUCAAGAGCGGAGCGAAGACGACAAGAAGAAGAAGAAGCAGCAGCAGCGCAGUCAACGCAGCCGGAUUUGCAAAUAAUAGAGGUACUGUUUAAAAAAACGUAAAGAUGGCCUACCGCAAGCCGAGCGAUCUGGACGGAUUCAUCCAGCUGAUGCCGAAGGCGGAUAUGCGGGUGAAGGUGCAGCUGGCGGAGGAUCUGGUCACAUUCCUGAGCGACGACACAAACUCAAUUGUGUGCACAGACAUGGGCUUCCUCAUCGACGGCUUGAUGCCGUGGCUGACGGGCAGCCACUUUAAGAUAGCACAAAAAUCGCUGGAGGCCUUCUCGGAGCUGAUCAAGCGGCUGGGCAGCGACUUUAAUGCAUACACUGCGACCGUGCUGCCACAUGUGAUCGAUCGCCUUGGCGACAGUCGGGACACGGUGCGCGAGAAGGCCCAGCUAUUGUUGCGUGAUCUGAUGGAGCACAAAGUGCAGUCGCCCCAAGGGUUGAUCGACAAACUGGCCGUCAGUUGCUUUAAGCACAAGAACGCAAAGGUUCGCGAGGAGUUCCUGCAGACGAUAGUGAAUGCCCUGCACGAGUACGGCACACAGCAGCUGAGUGUUCGCACCUACAUACCGCCCGUAUGCGCCCUGCUCGGCGAUCCCACGGUGAACGUGCGGGAAUCGGCCAUACAAACGCUGGUGGAGAUCUACAAGCAUGUGGGAGACCGCCUGCGGCCGGACCUGCGCAAAAUGGAGGAUAUGCCAGCCGCCAAGCUGGCUCUGCUCGAGCAGAAGUUCGAUCAGGCCAAGCAGGAGGGUCUGCUGAUGCCCUCCGCAGUGAAGAACGGCAAUGGCAAUGGCAAUGGCGUGGGACUCGACGAGGCCGACUACAGAGAGACGCCAAAGGAGAGGCCUCCCACCAGGAUAGUGAAGCGGCAGCUCUAUUCUGCCGCCGUCUCCAGCCUGAGACAAAAGCCGAGCGGACCGGCCGAUGCCGGAGAUGCGGGAGCUGUCACGAUGGAAAUCUUCGAGGCUAGCUUUGAGGUGGUGCCUCAACUGACGAUCUUCCACGCCAAGGAUAUGGAUGAUGCGUAUAAGCAGAUACUGGUGGUCAUCAGCGACAAGAACUGCGACUGGGAGAAGCGCGUCGAUGCGCUGAAGAAGAUUCGCGCCCUGCUGCUGAUGAACUACCACGCCCAGCCGCAGUUUGUGGCUGUUCAGCUGAAGGAGCUGGCCCUGGGCUUUCUGGACAUUGUCAAGGAGGAGCUGCGCUCGCAGGUCAUACGCGAGGCGUGCAUUACCAUUGCCUACAUGUCGAAGACGUUGCGGAACAAGCUGGACGGCUUCUGCUGGAGCAUAUUGGAGCAGCUCAUCAAUCUGAUACAGAACAGUGCCAAGGUCAUUGCCUCGGCCUCGACGCUGGCCCUCAAGUACAUCAUCAAGUACACGCACUCGCCAAAGCUGCUAAAGAUCUACACGGAAACGUUGCAGCAGUCCAAGUCGAAGGACAUCAGAUCCUCUCUCUGCGAGCUGAUGGUCUUACUCUUCGAGGAGUGGCAAACGAAGGCACUUGAGCGGCAUGCAACCGUCUUGCGGGAUGUCCUGAAGAAGAGCCUUGGGGAUGCAGACAGCGAGGCACGUAGGCAUUCCAGGCGAGCCUACUGGGCCUAUCGGCGGCAUUUCCCCGACCUGGCCGAUCAGAUCUACGGCAACCUGGACAUUGCCGCCCAGCGGGCCUUGGAAAGAGAGCGCGGUGAUAGUGGCAGCGGCGGCCUAGCCGGCUUAGCUCCACCUCCAUUGGAAACACGACGAACGGUGUCGCGCCUCGGACGAACUCCGGGCGCACUGCAGAAGCCAACGCCCAGCAUGCGAUCCAUCUCUGCGGUGGACACUGCGGCAGCACAGCGAGCCAAGGCACGGGCACAGUACACGCUCUACACGCGACAGAAGAAGCCAGUGGGGGCAACGAACUCGACCAAUUCCACCCAAUCGCAGGGGGGUUUUGGAGGGGCGAGCAGUGGAUCCCUGCCACGACCUCGCCUGAACUCGAAUAGUCACAGCCACACAGUGGUAACGCCAGGCACGAUUACUCCACGCACCCGGGGACGCGCAGGAGUAUCGCAAUCGCAGCCUGGAUCCCGGUCCACCUCGCCCAGCACUAAGCUGCGCGACCAAUUCGGUGGCGUGGGCAGUUACUACCGCGGGGCGACUGGGGCCAUACCCAAGAAGGCAUCCGGGAUACCCAGGAGCACGGCCAGCUCCAGGGAAACGAGUCCCACACGGCUGGUUGGCGGCAGUGGCGGCGGCCUAAUGAAGCGCAGCAUGUACUCCACAGGAGCGGGCGCACGACGCACGCCAGAGCGGAACAAUCCUGUGCGACCCUCGGCAGCGGCACGACUGCUGGCCCAAUCCCGCGAGGCGGAGCAUACGCUAGGCGUGGGCGGAGUCGACGGCAGUGAGGGGCAGUCGGACUUUGUCUCUGGAGACUACAUGCGGAGCGGCGGCAUGCGCAUGGGCAGAAAACUGAUGGGACGCGACGAGUGUGCGGACGAUAUUGAUUCGGAGGCCAGUUCUGUGUGCUCCGAGCGAUCGUUCGACUCCAGCUACACGAGGGGCAACAAGUCGAACUAUUCACUGAGUGGAUCGCACACCCGCCUGGACUGGAGCGCACAGAGGGCACCGCUGGACGACAUUGAGACGAUCAUCCAGUACUGCGCAUCCACCCACUGGUCGGAGAGGAAGGACGGCCUAAUCAGCCUCACGCAGUAUCUGGCCGAUGGCAAGGAGCUCUCGCAACAGCAGCUGCAGUGUGUCCUCGACAUGUUCCGCAAGAUGUUCAUGGACACCCACACGAAGGUGUACUCCCUGUUCCUCGACACUGUCACAGAGCUGAUUCUCGUGCAUGCCCACGAGCUGCACGAUUGGCUGUUCAUUCUGCUCACGCGACUGUUCAACAAGCUCGGCACGGACCUGCUCAAUUCGAUGCACAGCAAAAUAUGGAAGACCCUGCAGGUGGUGCACGAGUAUUUCCCCACGCAGCUGCAGCUGAAGGAGCUGUUCCGCAUCAUCUCGGACUCCACGCAAACACCGACAACCAAGACACGCAUUGCCAUUCUAAAGUUCCUCACGGAUCUGGCCAAUACCUACGGCAAGAGCAGCGACUUCCCCAGCGACCAAAGCCUAGCCUGCGAGCGGACAGUCCUGAAGCUGGCACAACUGACGGCGGACCAGAAGUCCAUCGAGCUGCGCUCCCAGGCCAGGUGCUGCCUGGUGGCCCUCUACCAUCUGAACACUCCGGAGAUGACAAAGCUGCUGGCCAAUCUGCCCAAGGGAUACCAGGACUCGGCUCGCUCCUGCAUUCAGUCACACAUGCGGCGUCAGAGCAGCGUCAAUUCUGGGGCCAAUUCCCCCAACAGCUCGCCCCUGAGCAGCAGCAGUCCAAAGCCUCUGCAGAGCCCCUCCGUCGGGCCAUUCGCCUCGCUCCAGAGCCAUCAACUCAACAUGAGCUCAACUAGUCCCCGCAGUCGGCAGUCAUCGGUGGAGCAGGAGCUGCUCUACUCCUCGGAGCUGGAGGUGCAGCACAAUAUCCAAAAGACGUCCGAGGAGAUCCGCCACUGCUUCGGCGGCCAGUACCACUCGCUGGCGCCCAAUGGCUUCAACGGACAUCUGCAGUAUCACGAGCAGGCGCAGCAGGACUCGUGUGCCUCCCUGUCUUCCAACUCCAAGACGCAAUCGUCGGCCAAUACCACGCAAUCGAACACCCCAGAGUCGGCCACAAUGCGGCUGGACCAGCUGGACAGGGGCGUCAUGACACAAUCGACGAUGGCCAAGUCCCCGCAGCCCACGGGAGAUGCCAACAUGUUGGUCUCCAUCAGCAGGGCCGACAACGGCGAGCUGAUCCUGCCCGGCGAUAUGCUGGAGAGCGAGGUGAUGUCCGUGGCUCUGACACUCACUAAGGACCAGCCGGUGGAGCAGCUGCAGACGUCGCUGGCCAAUUUGGGGAUCUGCAUCAAGGGCGGCAACUGUGAGCUACCGAAUAAGCACUUCAGAUCGAUUAUGCGGAUGCUGCUCAACAUUCUGGAGGCGGAGCACACGGAUGUGGUUAUCGCUGGCCUGCAUGUGCUCAGCAAGAUCAUGCGCAGCAACAAGAUGCGCCACAACUGGAUGCACUUCCUCGAGCUGAUACUCCUGAAGAUCAUCCAGUGCUAUCAGCACAGCAAGGAGGCAAUGCGGGAGAUCGAUGCCAUGAUUGUACGUAUUGCCCCGUGCCUGCCGCUCGAUUUGUCAAUCAACAUUGUGAAUCCGGUGAUUGCCACGGGCGAGUUUCCUACCAACCUGUGCGCCAUUAAGAUCCUGCUGGAGGUGACCGAGCACCAUGGCGUGGAGAUCACGGACACCCAUCUGGACAAUGUGUUCCCCAACUUGGCGCGAUCCACGGACGACCAGGAGUCCAUGGUGCGCAAAGCGGCUGUCUUCUGCAUCGUCAAGCUGUACAUUGUGCUCGGCGAGGACAAGGUGAAGCCGAAGCUGUCGGCGCUGAACCCGAGCAAGCGGCGGCUGCUCAACGUCUACAUUGAGAAGCAGCGAAAUUCAAGCGGCGGCGGCAGCUCCACCAAGAACUCCUCGGCUGCCUCAUCCUCAUGAUUGCGGGCACACUCGCCGGCACGGCACCACAAAGACACUGACGCCACGCCGUCUCUUAGCAUACGCAAGCAGUGAAGGACGAGGGAAUGAUUUAAUGAUAUAUAACUAAUGAUAUAACUAAUUAUUUAUAACUCUAAUUCUUACUGAUGGAUGAAGAUGAUACGCGUAUAUGUAUUGUGAAAGAGAGAGAAAGAGAGAGCAACAAAUCCCCUUCUAAAGUGUCGACAGAUCAAACUAAUUAUAUUAUAUAAUGAACGAUCGAUCAACCCCCAAGUGUACUAAACAAACAAAAAACGAUAAAAAACAAAACAA